AUGCGUCUCUGUAGGCCAUCAGUUAUCAGGCCACUGCGGUCGGUCACUCCACGUCUGCAUCUGCAGCCCGUCCCACGGAUGAGCAGCACCCUUCAGUUCGCCGAGGGCGAGGACACACAGCAGCUAAGUCGCGAUGCCGAGGCUCUGCUGAAGCAGGGUUGGGCCCUCGAUGGAGAAGGGAUGGGAAUUACGAAAACCUUUCACUUUAAGACCUAUUUCAAGGCAGUGUCAUUCGUCAACUUCAUUGCUGCAGAGAGUGCGUCAAAGAAGCAUCAUCCCACCAUGACUGUGCGGAUCGGGUCGGUCGAUGUCCACUGGACCACUCAUCGCCCGCAGGGCUUUACGUCCAAGGAUGUGGCUUUGGCUCGGCACUGUGAGCAGGGCGCUGGUCUGAUGGCUGUUGAUCCCAGUCAGGGAUUAAACUGUGCGAAGGGAAAGUGA